CAAUAGCCCCAGCUGCAGAGUCCUCUAUCUCAUGCACAAGCGCCAACGCACCGCUCUGCAAUAGUGCAAUGUCAUUUACCCAUGAAAACCAAGCUGAUCUUACAGAAAUCCGGCGACACGAACACAUAGCAGUUCCCUAGCUAGCUAGAAACUAGCUGCAAUUACGCUUCCCAUCGUUACCACCCUUCGAUUCGACUCUCUGCUUUUCUCCUUCUCUCUCCCAUCCCACCACACAUCCAAAACAAUCCACCAAAUCUAGUACACUUCCCCAUUAUUCCACCACCAAGACCCAGCUCACUCUCCAUUCCAACUCAUUCCCAAAACCCCUUAAUCAAAAGGCCGAAAGGUCAUUCGGUCACGCAUUCUCACUUCCAUACCAAAGCUAGAAACCCCACGCACUGUGUGUGUAUACGCAUGCACUCAAGAUUGCUCCUCCUUUAAUGAGUUUGGCUUUUGCUCACCAUCUUGGCGGGGGGUGAAUGGGUUGCAUGGUCUCUCAACUGGCGGCCAAGUUUGCGUUCUUUCCGCCAUCGCCACCCACGUACCAAAUCAAGAAGCGCGACGAUGGCAAAUUCACCGUGGUGUCAUCGUCUUCACCGUCGAUGCCGAUUAUUCAGUAUGAUGACAAUUCCUUGGACGUCUUGCUGAUUGACACUAAGCGUGGCUAUAAGAUCGUUGCUUUUUAUCUGAGGAACCCAUUGGCUCGGCUCACUUUGCUUUACUCUCAUGGCAAUGCUGCUGACCUUGGCCAGCUCUAUGACCUCUUUGUGCAGCUCAAAGUCAAUCUCAGAGUUAAUCUCGUGGGAUAUGACUAUUCUGGCUAUGGAGCCUCUGCUGGUAAGCCUAGUGAAUCCAAUACAUAUGCUGAUAUCGAAGCAGUCUAUGAGUGCCUUGAGACCGAGUAUGGAGUUAGCCAGGAAGACUUGAUCUUGUAUGGGCAGUCAGUUGGAAGUGGGCCAACAUUGCACUUGGCAGCUAAACUGCCAAGGCUCAGAGGCAUAGUUCUACACAGUGCGAUUCUUUCAGGUCUUCGUGUGCUCUGUCAUGUCAAGUUCACAUUUUGUUUUGACAUUUAUAAGAACAUCAACAAAAUUGAGAAGGUGAAGUGUCCUGUGCUUGUGAUACAUGGGACAGAAGAUGAUAUUGUCAACGUGUUGCAUGGCAAUGGACUGUGGAAAAUGGCAAGGGAAUCAUACGUUCCUCUGUGGAUUAAAGGAGGUGGGCACUGCAACUUGGAGCUUUACCCAGAUUACAUCCGCCAUCUUCGCAGAUUUAUCCAAGAGAUGGAGAAUAUAACCACAGAAAUCCGCCUUAAGAAGAUUCGGCAGAGCCAGUUUCUUCUACAAACAAGGUCCACAGUUACUGCUAACAGGUGCUGUAGAAUCAAAGUCCGGCAACCAAAAUGGCCUCAUUGUUCAAGACCAAGCUGCAUAAAGUGUUCAUGGCGGCCCAGAUGCCUAGAAUGUUGGAAGCCUAGCUGCAGCAGAGAAUGUUGGAGACCUAGGUGUGGAGAAUGUCCUAGCUGUCCUGAAUGUUGGAGACUGAGGUGCAAUAGAUGUUGUUGGAGACCAAAAUGGCCAAAAUGUUUGAGACUAGGCUGCUGCAUGAAAUGUUUUCGGUGGCUAUGUUGUGUGGGAACACACAGUGUGGGCUAAGAGUGAACGAGGAGGAUAGCUAAUGGGGAUUAUGUGCUUGUAUAUUACCGUAACUUUCUAAGAGCAUUCUCGUUGGCUUGGUCAAAUGAGAUUAAUUAAAAUUUACAUAAUUUGUACUAAAAAGACUCUACAUUGAAUUGACAAUCUCCAAAAUAAUUUGAA